UCAAUUUCGAUGCCGUCGUUGUGGUAGUCGUCGGUGCCAUCGUCGUCGUUGUCGUCGUCGUCGUCGUCGCAUCUUCGCUAGGGCCCAAAUGCUAGUCGAGAUUUCGCUCUUGGUCCCAGUUCUAGUCGGUACUCGCAAUCUGUCGCAACGUUUGGUGAAUCCGUUAGCAGUGCGCUUCUGUUGGUGUGUUUGGUGAUUAGACCGCUUGGUGGAAAGCGGUGCACAUCAUUAUUCGUUGUGAGCAAGAAUUUCCGGUAGGGAAAAAUCAGAAGGAGCAGAUAAUUUUUUUCCCUUUCCGUACUCGGUGCGCUUCGUCGUGGCGCUUUCAAUUGAUGAAGCGUGGAAAGUGGUAGGCAUCGCUAGUAAUGAAGGCAGGAUUUUCACGGUGCUCAGCAGUUCGGUUUUUCCGCUGAAAACGGGAAGUGUGAAAAGGAAGAUUACCGCUCAUCCAUCUAUUUAUCCAAGCAUCCAAUCCCAUCCCACCUAAAUGAAUGUGUUAUUGUUGGUGGGAGAGACGCUGGUGACGGUGGUGGUGGUGGAUGUGGUGCGUGCAGUCGGUUAACGUCUAGUUAGUGUGGGUGUACAAUUUCAAAACAGCCAGGCAGCUGAUACUCUAAGGAUUCUCUAAGGCCGCGUGGCGUGUGGUGCGGGGUGAAGUUUGCUUCUGUUAGGGAUCCGUGGUGGUCGACUGAAGGGGUUCCCGGAGAGAUUGGUGAUAAUGCUCGUGACGGGGAAGAUAUAUACGUGUUUCGAGGAAAUGAGUAGUGUCUGAAAUAGUGCCACCAAGAGUGAGCUUUGAUCGUACGUAAAAGCUACUUUAAGGGUUUCUUUGAUCAGUUGUUGUUUAUGCUUUAUGAACGGGUUAAAGCCGUGUUGUUGGUAAAUUUGGUAGGAAGACUCACGCCGUCUAUUGCAUGCUUGGAAGCUCGGAAGCCAAGUGUAUCGUGCAGUUUAAUUAGGGCAAGCGAGAAUCUUAAUUUCCUUGCACCGGUUCCGUUGUGGCAAAUGUAUCCCGAGUGCGAAAUAUGGUUAGGAGAAAUGGUUUUGCAGAUGUCUUGACUUGAGAGCGCAAAGCCAGGAGCAUAUCGUGCUAAUCAGUGAAACGGAAGAAACUAGCGUUGAAGGCGCCCUUGGGCUUCAAAGUCUGAACUUCUUUCGGAGCAGAGUGGGAGUAGUUCUUGGAUGCUACAUCGGACCAAAAUAGCAGCAACUGUGCUGAAGGUGUGCAGUUAAGUGAAAAAGAGAAAAAGAAACAGUGGUGUCACAACACACAAUUCCGUCGUCGUUCGUUGUUUUUGUUGCCUCAAGGAGAGUUUCUUGAGUGAAGGUCGCUCCAAAGCGAAAAUAACCAAUUUUUCCCUCGCGUUUAGUGUGAACGGCAACGACCGACGGGGUGAUUGUCUUUGCACACCGACCUACCCGUAGGAAAGCACGAAAAGUCAAUCCUUACGUUGUUUUUUCUGUUACUUGUGCUUCGCGGGUGAAGUGCGGCCGAACGUCAGGAAGCGAAACAUGGGAAAACAUCCAAACCCUACAACAUCAGCAUAAAAAUCAGAAUUUAAUUCCGUUUGAGCCAAGUCGAACGCUACACGAAACCAAAGUGUGUGAGCCCUGUGCAAAGUGAGGAGGAUAUUUCCCACCGGAUUGCGGAUUCGUGCUUAAAUCGGAAGACAUACUUUACUACUACUGCUGCUGCUGCUGCUGCUAUUGCCAUUUGCUACUGCAGCAUCUGUGACACAUCUCAGCCUCAGUGUUCGACUUGAAGGAGUUCCAAGGACGAACCCGAGCAGAAUACAAACGGCUUGUGGAAACAUACAAAAGAUUCGGUUCGCAUAGAUCCUGGGAUCCAACGAACACCAAACUCGUUCCUUUUGAGAAUUCGUAGAACCACGGUAGCACUGAGACAAUGAAACCGUACACCACCCACUCAACGGGCGGUUAGUAAACAAUCCGACCGACUUCAUUUGGAUUUCCCAUGUCUGCUCCCCGUAGGACACCCGUAAUGAUUUGUGUUCCGGUAGCGCCCGCAGCGUGGAAUCGAAACCAUGAUGACUAUCAAAAAGCUGGAAUUUAUACGAAAAUUAAUGACCAUUAAAUCGAAAUUGAAGCAUCAGUAGGCCAGUGAAACGCUGUGCGCUGUCUUGACAAGUGUUGUGUAUUAUAUAUAUUUAUGGAAAAAUAUCUUGGUCGGUUCGGCAGGAGUUUUGUGGUACAGUUUAAAUUUUAGGAAGCAAUGAAAGUGAUCAGAUAUAAUCAGAUGGUAAAAAUUAUGGGCGCGGAGAAAUGAGGAAAGAGUCCAAAUCCGUUUCGUUUCUGAUAACGAGUGGGCCUCCAUGUGAAAAAGUUUGCAGAUAAAAAUAACAGUGGAGUGUAAUUUGAAAAGUCGUGGUUGUGAAUAAUAGAAUAAGUUGAAGAAGCAGUGUGCUGUUUGCCGGCAAUAAGUUCAAUUGAUCAAAUUAGGUAUUCGUAGAAAAAAUUGCGAGCCUGCGUGCGUUGUUGUGUGAUUUCGUGCAGUGUAUGAUGAAUCCUUCCAACGAUGACCUACCGAAAUAUAUGUACUCAGCAGCAUCACAAUCACCAUCGUCUUCAUCAUCAUCGGCAUUCUCACUGUCCGAACCACUGUCAAGGUCUUCCUUCGCUCAGGAUCGAUCUUCGGACGGUGGCGGCGGUGGAUUGUUCUUCAAUGGCAGCAGUUCGGCGCUGGCAUCGGCGGCGGCUAAGGCGGCCUCAGCGGCUACGGCCGGAUCUGCCUCGACGAAGAUUUUCGACGUCGAAACAAACGACGCACUCGGCACCGGUCCCGGACGGGGGAUUGGUGGAUCCGUUGAUCCGGCCGGGGAUCACAUGGUAUUUCGCGGCUACAGCACCGGGGUGCCGUCGCUAAAUCCGCUGGACAUCUCCGGCACGGAAGCUGUCCUGAGUGAUGGCAUGGAUACCAGCGGGGAAUGGGUGGACGUCGUGUUGCUGGUGCUGAAGGCAUCGCUGAUGAUGUUCAUUAUUGUGGCUGCCAUAUUUGGCAACCUACUCGUCAUUAUUUCAGUUAAGCGACAUAGAAAGUUAAGAGUUAUAACUAAUUACUUUGUGGUAUCGCUCGCCAUGGCUGACAUCAUGGUAGCGAUGAUGGCCAUGACAUUUAAUUUCAGUGUACAAAUUACAGGAAGUUGGAAGUUCGGAUCUUUCAUGUGUGACGUGUGGAACAGCCUGGACGUGUACUUCUCAACCGCCAGUAUACUGCACCUGUGCUGUAUUUCAGUUGAUAGGUAUUAUGCAAUAGUAAAACCACUUAAGUACCCGAUAAGCAUGACAAAACGAGUCGUAGCCAUAAUGUUACUCAAUACCUGGAUAUCACCAGCACUGUUGUCAUUCGUACCGAUCUUUGCCGGUUGGUACACCACGGACAAACACAAAGAGGAUGUGCUCAACAAUCCGGACAGCUGUUUGUUCAUCGUGAAUAAGCCAUACGCUGUCAUUUCCAGUUCCAUCUCGUUCUUCAUCCCCUGCACCAUCAUGGUGUUCACCUACUUCCAGAUAUUCCGCGAGGCCAACCGGCAGGAAAAGCAGUUGGCGCUGCGCCAAGGCACUGCCAUGUUGAUGCACCAACACAACACGGGUGGCGGCGGUAGCGGCAGUGGUGGUGGAACGAACGGAGAAGCGCUCAGUGGAUCCGGUUCGUCGAAAACGCUGACCAUGCACGAGGUGGACGCUGAGCAGACGCCCACCAAAGAUCGACAUCUGAUCAAAAUGAAACGAGAACAUAAGGCUGCACGAACGCUCGGGAUCAUCAUGGGGACAUUCAUCCUCUGUUGGCUUCCGUUUUUUCUAUGGUACAUCAUCACGUCGCUCUGCGACUCCUGCCCGAAUCCGGACAUCGUGGUUGUUCUAGUCUUCUGGGUCGGAUAUUUCAACUCGACGUUGAAUCCGCUCAUCUAUGCAUACUUCAACCGGGACUUCCGGGAAGCAUUCAAAAACACUUUGGACUGCAUGUUCUGUGCCUGGUGGCGCCGGGAAACGUCUCCGUUGGACAUCAACGUGCGGAGAUCCAGCCUACGGUACGACUGCCGGGCGAAGAGUGUCUAUUCGGAAAGCUACCUUCGACCGUCGCAAAACGAUCGUUUCCAUAGUGAAAUCGGUGAAAGUCUCUAAUACCUUCUUCCAACCCACAGCCCACCAAACAGAAAAAAUGAUACCGUACGGUUUGAGCGAAAUUUGAUUGAGAGAGAAAGGUAAGCGGUGCGAAAAUUAGCUUGUAGCAAUCAAGAGAAGGCUAAAGAUUACCGAAGAAAACUUGUGCAAUACGAAGACAAGGACGACCGUUUUUUUUUCGAAUGCUCGCUGAGGUGGUUCUAGUGGGUCCGAAACAUAUAUUUCGAUUAUGUUAAAUACGUUUAAAUCAAUCGAGAGAAUGCUAAUUGAAAUGAUGGAGUUAUGUUGUAAGUACCUUUCUUUUGUUCUCAACACGAUCGAAAAAAAAAACAUUGAAAUAACAAACAGUUACAACGGAUUGCACUAGGACUACCAGAGAAUGAUUGCACCAUGAACACUCGUGAUAAAUUAAAAGGAAUAAUAAAGCAGUAGUGAAUUAGGUUAAACAAAAUUAAAACAAACUUUCAAACCGUAUAAGCCCGGGAUAAAAACGCUACCCCGUUUUUCAUAGGAUGGAUUAACGGGCGUCUGAAAGACAGCUAGUGUAAAGCAGGAUAAAGUUAAUUUAUUUACAUUUAUGCUUUCUGGAUUUGUUUUGUCAUUUCCCCACUGGUUUUCGGUUACACUGUUCCCAACACUGGUCCCACUGGAUCCCGGAACAGGAAAGGUAUCCGAAAAAGUUGCGACAAAAUUAAAUUUCUUGCAUCGCAUUUUCAUUAGCAGAAGCUUGCAACAAAAAAAACGUAACGCCACCCCAUUCUGCUUCCCAUCACGGAACGGAACCUGUACUGGGUUUGUUUGCACAGUCGAGUUAAGUUCGAGUUGGAGAUGAUGAGACGAAAGUGGUUCCCGAAAGAAGAAAGUUGCAAUCAAGAACAAACAACUCUGGCAAUUAAUUGCUGGUUGCAGCAACCGGGCGCUGAAUGAUUUCGUGUCGCCUCUUCUUUCUUUUUUUUUUGCUUGACAACAAAAAAGAUAACACGAAAAAAGUUAGCUUUUCGUCGGAAAAUCGAAGAACAACUAGCGUGUUUAAUUACUGAUGGAACAUGGGAACAAAGAGACUAAAAUUGAAUCUAAUUAUUUCUUCCUUGCUCUUUUUUUUUUUUGUUGGUGGAAAUUUAUUCGUUGUUUUAAUGCAUCAUGUGGUUUGAAGUUGUUUCAUUCGUUUGAAAUUUAUGACCUAUUUGAGGUAACGUUGUGCGAUUUUCUCAUUAUAUUCUUAUAUAAAAAAGCAUUUCCUUCUGGUGAUUUUUUACUUCAUUGGAAAGUGGUAAAAACUUUUGAAUUUCUCAACAUAUUUCGAUAGUAGGCUCAAUCAAAAUACAAGUAGAUUCAAUAUAACUUACUUUACAAGUUUUACUUCAAUAAUGCAUUAAUAUGGAAUAACGCAGAAAAAUGUCCAAUGGAACAAUACAGAAAAAUUGCCAAUUUCCGUUAAAAUUAUUUAUUCAAAAUAAAUUCCAUCUCUUUCUACACAUUUUUCAUCAUCUUUCUGGUAAUUUGCGGAUGCAUGGCCAGUACAAUUGAUUUCCGUUUGCAUACCUUAAACCAAUUCUCGAGCUCGGAAAAGUUAGAUGUCGAGAAAGAUUGAAAAAACACACAAUUUUGCUGAUUGCUUAGUAAUCAAUCAAAUCAUGGCUUAGUAAUCAAUUUCCGAAAUUCGUUCAGUAGAUUGAAUGAUUUUUCGGCAAAGAAUAUAUUUCUAGUGCUAAACUCAUCGGUGAUUAACUAUUAUCCCGUAAUAAGCAAAUGCUUUUGUCGAAAUUUGGCUAGACAUGUGUCUUUAACGUUUUACAUUUCAUAUUUGCUUGGUACUACGCAGCUAUUUACUGACGAAAUAUUUUAUAGAAAAUUUCCGGUGGUCAUUAGCUACGAUCUAUAAGCAAAGUCUUGGCAUUACAUUUCUUUUGAGGAAUUUGGCCUUUCUGUUUCAAUAGACUUCUCAGCCGAUUGAUUCUUAGCGUACAGAAUCAUUGCAUGGCUAGUACUAUGGAUCCUACUGACACUAAUAAUCCUUCCAGGUCGGGGCUUGAACAUACGACAACUGGCUUGUAAGACCAGCGUCCUAUGCAUUGAACCGCCAACCUGGGAUCUAUCCAGUAAGUAUAAAAGCCAAGCUACGAUCUAUCCAGUAAUUGUAAAAGCCUAUUCAAACUAUUCCGAGACGACCGGGACGGGACCAUGAAGGAAAAAAACGUCCCGGAUAGUCCCGGAUGGUCCCGUCCCGAUCGUCCCAGAAUAGUGCGAAUAGCGUUUAAUAGCUACAAAUUAUUGUUCAUUAUUUGCAAAAAGUUUCUUCCGGAUCCUGUUUCUACUGUCGGGAAGCCAUUAUAGGAUAUGUCGAAGAAUGUCGACCAACAUAUUUAACAAUCGGCGUUUAGUCCGAAUUGCAUAUUUUACAAUUGCACGCCUUCGAAACAUAAGUAAUGUAAUACACUGAAGUCUUUUUUUAUGCGAAUUUACGUACCGCAUAAAAAACCGCAUAACUCUGAAAAUUCGCAUAAAAAAACCGCAUAACUCUGAAACUUCGCAUAAAAAAAACCGCAUAACUCUGAAACUUCGCAUAAAAAAAGACCGCAGAAGGGUAAACCGCAUAACUCUGAAACUUCGCAUAAAAAAACCGCAUAACUCUGAAACUUCGCAUAAAAAAAGACCGCAGAAGGGUAAACCGCAUAACUCUGAAAAUUCGCAUAAAAAAACCGCAUAACUCUGAAACUUCGCAUAAAAAAAACCGCAUAACUCUGAAACUUCGCAUAAAAAAAGACCGCAGAAGGGUAAACCGCAUAACUCUGAAAAUUCGCAUAAAAAAAAACCGCAUAACUCUGAAACUUCGCAUAAAAAAACCGCAUAACUCUGAAAAUUCGCAUAAAAAAGUCGCGUAAAAAAACGGCAUAAAAAAAGGUCGCAUAAAAAAAGACCUCAGUGUAUAUAUUUUUGGUAUGUUCAAACGAAAAAAAAUAUAUCUUGAUCCCCAAAUUAAAUGAGUACUCGGCAGUGCAAGCCUCGGCAAUUAUUUUGUCAAUAUUCAGCGAAAACAAUUUUGUCAUGUUGCAUACACAAACGGGGAGGCUAGAUAGGAACUUGUGCGCACUUAGUUAUCUCACCUUUUGACGACCAUUUGUGAUUGUGCAUUGCCGUGAAGCUAAAUCACUUACUACUGUCUGAAUCUUUCUCAUGGCUCGUACACGGAGAACUCGCAGAUCACAAAAUUACAAAAUUACAAUAUUGUAAUUGUUGUUUUACGCUUUGGUAGUUUCAACUAAAAUGUUGUAGCAUAUCUGUUGAUUUUGUCAUAACCAUUCAGGUAAACGAAAUUGCUGUAUUCAAAUGCUGUCACUUGGCGGAGAACGAAGACAACAAAACGCAGAACAAAACUUCUCUUCAUUUCACCAGAAACAUUUCAUAUUGAAAAUUUUCAAUGGCAAAUGAAAGUCAUUUAUGUCAGUUACGUAGUGGCAGUUUCAUGUAAGUGAAAAGAUGCAGAAGAAUUUCAGAGUUAAUAGUAGAACAAGUUUUCCAUGUAUUAAACUGAUAUUCCAAGAGUAUAAAUCUUUUUAUUUAAUCUGCGAGUAAUUUAUUUUCGGAUAGUUCAUGUCAAUGUAAUUAAAAACGCUUAACGCUUAAAAAUUUGUUGCUAAAGUGAAGUGAUACUAUUUAUAUUUUCUUGAAAGUGAAUCUGUAGCAUUAGGCUAAUCAGCAACAUUCUUGAAAACGGAAUCCAAAAAGUUCUUCCCGCAAGCCAUUCUGCAAGUAGAGGAAAAAUUCCUCAUGCACUGUGAAAAUCAUGCAGGUGAAUUCCCACUUUAGAAUUAUAAUCAUCUGUGAGUUUAGUGAUAAAGCUAUAAGUAGCUUCUUAGGCUAAAUUUCGUUGUUCAAACCGUGAACAAUAAGCUGCCCCCCGAAGAGACUAGCAGUAAGAUAUAUUUUUCGCAAUAGGCCUCCUAAGUUCAAAUAAUUGAAUAACAUUGUUGGGAUUGUGUCAUUGCUCAGUUGCACGAGUGACACCUCAUUGAAACGUUCCAUUUUUCGCUUAGGAUGUAUGUUAUUGCUCAACUGUAACGUUUCAUUACUCGUUUGUGGUGCGUGUCUUUGUUGAGUGUCAUUGCUAAACUACCAGCACGAUAAAUAAAAAAUGACAGUUUAGUUAAAACAACAAUCGAUUAGUUGUACCAAAUUUUAACCAAACAAAUUCAGAAAAAAUCCACUAAUAUUUUAGUUGUUUUGCGAUUGCUAGUUUUUCCGUGUGGGGCCAGAUUUUGAAACUGAAUCAGGUUCAGGUUCGGAAUUCAAGCUCAGAUUUCAGUCCUAGAAUUUUUAGGAUGAUGAUUUCAGUUUCAUAAUUCUAGAGCUAAAUUCAUGUACACCGAAACCUCCAUUUAUGAACUAAACGGGCGUUCGUAAAAAGAGGUAGUUCGUAAAAAAAGUUUACGUUACUUGGGAUUUGGCUCGUAAAAAAAGUUUGCGUUAUUUGGAGUUUACUUCGUAAAAAAAGUUUUGUGAAAAAAACGAUGUAAUUCAAGAUGGCGACUUCCGGUUUUUUACCUGGAAAACCCUUACAAUAUGGGUAUUUCCGGAACGGGAUUGAUGAGUGGAUGCCGAAAAACGAUGUUUGAGGUGGUUCUGAAAUUCAAUAUGGCGACUUCUGGUUUCUUGAUAUUCCUUGAAAACCCUUACAAUGUGGAUGAUUUCGGAACGGGAUUGAUGAGAUGUCGGAAAACAAUGUUUGAGGUGCUUCUGAAAUUCAAGAUGGCGACUUCCGGUUUAACGAUAUUUCUUGAAAACAAUAUUGGUAUUUUCAGAACGGUUUUGAUGAGCAGAUGUCGGAAAACGGUGUAGGAGGUGGUUCUGAAAUUCAAGAUAGCGACUUCCGGUUUUUUUGACAUUCCUUGAAAAUCCUUACAGUAUGGGUAUUUUCGAAAAGGAUUUGAUGGGGUGCCAUAAAAACGAUGUUUGUGAUCGUUCUGAAUCCAAGAUGAACACUUCCGGUCUAUUGAUAUUGUUUGAAAAUACUCACAAUAUGGAUAUAUUCAGAACAGAUUUUGUAUGCAGGUACCAAAAAAGAAAGAUGUUUGUGAUCGUUUUGAAAUCUAAUUCUUUCCGAAAAUACCCACUUUGUAAGGGGUUUAAGGAAAGGAAUAUCAAGAAACCGGAAGUCGCCGUAUUGAAUUUCAUAACCACCUCAAACAUCAUUUUCCGGAAUCUACUCUUUAAACCCGUUCCAAAAACCCCCAUAUUGUAGUAGUUUCCAUGGAAUAUAAAUGAGCCGGAAAUCGCUUUCGAUGUAUGCCAAAACCACUUUUUACCAAGUAGGUUCGUAAAAAAAAGUUUACGUUAUUUGGAAUUUUAUUCGUAAAAAAAGAUCACGUUAUUUGGGAUUUGGUUCAUAAAAAGAGUUACGUAAAAAGAGGUAAGGUAAGAAAAGUGUGCGUAAACGAAGAUUUGGGUGUACUGGAAUUUGGAUUCCGAACCAGAAUCUUGCAGUCAAAUUUUGAGCCUGUCCCAGAUUUCGAACUUAGUUCCUGAACCCAAUUCCAGUCCUAGUUCAGAGUUUAAGUUCUGGUAUAGAUAAAUGAUGGUAAAAAAAUUCAACAGUUGUAAACAUCGGAUAAAAAAAUAAUCUCAAAAGUGUAUGCGAAGUUUUCUUCCACCGCGCAGGUAAAUUCACAAAAAAAACUGCAAUAACAUCGAUCGUAUGUGAUCAGAACCUUUUACGAUCAACACCAACAUAUUAAACUGUCUAAGCAUCCGAAACUCUCAUAUCACGGAACCACCCGCGAUCCCAUUUCAACCAGAAUAUUAGUUGAUUUUCUGAAUUCGAUUGGUUAAAAUUUGGUACAACUAAUCGAUUGUUGUUUUAACUAAACUGCCAUUUUUGUUUUUCGAUUAGCAGAAACGAUGGUUGAAACAACUAAUUUAACUGUUUGAAAAAAAAAUGCUGUAAAUUAGUGAGGACACAUACCUUUCAAUUUCAACAAAUAUUUUAGUUGAAAUAACUGGUGUUGUUAUUGAAACAAAAUUCUGUUAGUUGAAAAAUAAAUCGGUUUUAUUUGUUUUAGACAUGAGUAUUGAAAGUGAAAAAAAUGAGUAUUGAAAGAUGAUGCCUUCAAACGGUUGAACUAAAGUUAUGCACCGAUAAUAUUAGUCAAUGAGCUUGGGUGCAUCAACCGCUGGGAAUUGGAAUUUUGCGACGCAAUUCAAACGCGCCAUUCCAUCGCAGUGCGUUCUGUGUGUUUGAAACCCUUCGCUCCUGUUACUUUUAUAAAUUAAAUUCAUGUCAAAAAGCGUUUUAUUGCUAAUGCAUGAACAUCAUCAUCGGUAUCAAACAGCUGUAAGCAAAACAGUCUGCUGGAAGUAAAUCAAUGAUCGAAUUUGAAGCAAAAAAUUUUCGCGCUUUCCUGAAAGAUUACGAGAUGAUCAUUCAUAAACAUUUUCUAAUUUGUCACCAAAUCUUUUACAUCUUAAACAAGGUUAACUUUAUCACAACACCGCUGUUAGAUAAACACUUGUUAUCAUAAAUUUCUCAAAUCGAAUGAACACAAUUUCACCAAACGCUUUAAGGCCAUCGUCCAAGUACCAUGCGCGCGGGUGGUUUUAGGAAAUUUUCGAUGGAAAUUUCGAAAAAUUUGACAAAACCAAAAACAUACAGACCUGUGAAAUACUUUUAUCUAUCUACAGGGUGAAAAUGACUGGAAAAUUCGGAGGAUUUUACAAGUCUUAUCAAAAAUAGCGCUGAAAAAAUGAGCUUUUUUUUGUAAUUUUUCACAAUUAUUUGAAAAAAUAAUUCGAUGGAAUGAAAUUUUUUUUCAAAAAAAACCUCAUGCUGGCAACAAGGAUCACAUUCGGACACAUUUUUGGAAAACCUUUUCACGCUUUUCAUGGAAAAUCAACGAAUUUCAUAUAACC